GUCGUCACCGUCUGGUAGUGUAAGCGACGCAACAAACGCGUUAGUUAAUCAAUGCAAUGAUGGCGAAUCCUUAUGGUAUUUUUCCCACUAUGCCAACAAAUAGUAGUGCCACGCUACUAUGUGCACAAUGCAAAAAGUUCUUCACAUACAUGGACAGUGUUGUAAUGUGUGACGGCGCGUGUAAAAGAUGGUAUCACACUAAAUGUGCCAAGAUCCCAGAGACCAAGUACCGCGUCAUCCAGGACAAGGACGACAACAGGACCCUGGGCCUUAAGUGUGUGUGGUCGUGUAAGGACUGUAGGGAACGACCUGAAGUAGGAAGAGACCCUGAGUUUGAGUCUUAUGUCAGGGAGAAGCUCGGUAAACUAGGCCAAGUUCUUGAGUAUCUAGUGACCAAAAUCCAGGAUAUUGAGAACAGACAGAAGAGUCAAGAAGUGGAGUUUAAUAAGAAACACUUGAAAUACCGAGGAACGCACCAAACUCUACGAGGACCAGAUGUAAACGAAGGCUAUGCCGAACAACAGAUGCUAGCUCCGCACUGGCAGCAACAACAGCAGACUGCAGUUACCCUCCAGGGCGCUACACUGCCCAGCCCAAGAACGACUCACAUCUUUCAAGACUAUGGAAACCAAGGCCAUCACUCAGGACAACAACUCACAGCCAACGCACAGCAACAGACCAGCAAGGAACACAUCCCGGGAUUCACUCCAAUGGAACACAAAAUUAUUCAUGAAGUUAAGUUGAAAAUGGACUCUGCAGCUCCCAAGCAGCAAGAGAUUGAGGCACAUGCAGGCGAUGCCCUACACCUAAUGAGGCCACUAAUUGAUCCAAUCACAGGCCAGGAGAUGGAGGCAACUCAAACACAGGAAGCUGGUGAUGCCCUGUAUAACUUCACAGGAAACUUCUCUGGGGCUUCAGCAUCAGCACAGGGUCAAGCCACGCCAACACCUGCUCUGAAGGAAGCAAUGGAAUGUCAUUACGGUGACUGCAAGUGUAUCAAACAAGAAGGCCAGAACGAUGAGUCAAAUAACCCCCCUAAACCCUGCUCUGGGAAACAUUGUAACUGUACCUGUAAAACCCAUAAGAUUGUCAUUGCCCACAAAAAAGACAAUGUUGGCAAGAUCCAUAAAUGUCCACAUUGUGAUUUCACCAGCAAGCGUUCGGACAAUGUUCGGCGGCACAUGUUGCGGCACACGGGCGAGCGACCCCAUAAGUGUCCGCACUGCGAUUUUAGUGCAAAGCGACCUCAUUCACUGAAAAAACACAUCGAAAAUGUUCAUAACAAAGAUCUCAGAACAGAUGGAAUUGUCAGAUAAAAGGUACAACUUUUUAAAGUAAAAAAUCACAAAGAAUAUCUGUAUGAUGUAGACUGUGAAUAAUGGAGAUUUUUGGGGAUGGUGAAGGAAGGAUUAUUGGAUUUUGUACAGAAUGAGGACAGAUCAUUAAAUCACACAAGUAAUAAUAAUGACAAGGAUAAAGUUUUCACCUUAUAAAACAAAUAGAGAAUCUUCGAGUCACACAUCGUGUGGUACUGUACAGGCACUUCCUUGUAAACGAAAGAUUAGAUUUAUUUGUAUGAUACUAAAGGAGGUACCUGAUGAUUUACCAUGGUUUAAAUUAGAAUGUUUUGCUUUUAAAAUACCAGAAAAAAGUCUAUUUUAUCCCCCCCAAAAAUAAAAAGAUCUUAAAAUCUCCCCAGGAUGACAGGAGUGCUGGGGGAGGAAACUCUUUAGCUAAAUGAGGAAAAUCUUCAAACAUAAUCUGAAUACAGUACUGUAGUACAGGUAGAAGAUUAUGAUCAAAUUGCACAUUGGUAGCAUCAACUUGUCUGAAGAAUUUGAAGACAAAUACUGUAUAGGGUUAAUAAUACCACUGGGAAAAGGUUAUAGAAAGAUAUGGUUAAAAAAGUGUGAUUGGUCUGAUUUCUUUAGCUCUUAUGUUGCUCCAGAUUAUGUUUUUAUUUAGAUAUAUUUUUUUUUAAACGAAGUAGGUUAAAAAAAUACGUCUUCUCCUCAUUCAACAUAGUGUAUAGGUUUUGAAAAUUUAUAUAAUUGCUUUUUUUUAAUUCUAUUUAUUUGUAUUAGUUUAGUAAAGAAAUGUAGACGGUUGAAAGUUAUUCUUCACUAUAUUUUUGUUCUAAAUUUCUCCAAGUGAUUGCAAAAAAUGUUCAGCACUGCCUGGCUAAAUCAGUAGCCUCAACCCUCACACUGAAGGAGGCCAUCAGUUAGCUGCUGACAUUUUGAACCGGAAAAUGUGGGUGCAGGAGGCAGCCAUCUGCACACUUUGGCUUGGGUUUAGUGAAUGUGUGCAGACCUGGAUGCUAAAUAAGUCCCUUCAUAUUAGAAGGGGCCUAUUAAAGUACAAAAGGGUGAUCCCUGUGCACCAAUGAGAACCAGUGACUGGGGUUUAUGUUGAGUUUAUUUGUUUAGGUUUUUAGGAACAAACAGGAGAAAAGCUGUGGGGGACAACUUAUGUGUAAAUUUUAAUAGAAUCUCCAAAUUACAAUGUAAGUGAAAUCCAAGCUGACCAGAAUUUAGGUUUAUUCAGAAUCCUGUUUUUUAUUUAUUUAUUUAUUUUUUUUCUUAAGGGAUGUAAUAAUUUAUUCAGAUGUUACUGUGUGUCUUUAUCUUAGUGUAAGCUAGAGGCUGUCUAUUGUCUGCCACAAAUAACUGAUUAUCUAAGAAAGGGAAGGAAAGCUAGAAGGAGGGAAGCUAUUACAGUUGUAAGUUAACAAGUGAUCCCAGGUCUACAUCUCUCCAGGUACUGUAUUAUUAUUAUUAUGCAAUAAUGCAUAUGUUACUGACAAACUGAGGAGCAGCGUAUCCAGCAGGACUUGACAGUCUUCCAUUAUGUCACCAUUGUUGGACAUUAUGUCUCUCUGUGGUAAUGAGAACUUUAUAAACCUAGCAGCCAAGAAUUAUUCGUAAUAAUUUGUCUUUUAUGUGUACAGAAACUCCAAUAUAUAUCACUGAGGUUGAACAUGAGAAUGUUGUUUCCACUGACAUCAUUACUAAGGCCAUCAUCAGGACCCAGCAUCCAAGAUGUGGGAACCCUACAAUAAUCACCCUGUCUGUGUAUCAACAAUUUCAUGUUUGCUCUAUAACUUUGAAUCCAAUAAAGAUAUUGCAUUGGAAAUUGGUAUGCUUUAUACAAUCACCUAAAGAUGAUGCAUACAAAAUUUAUGAGAGUUUGAUCACUGCCAAAUUUCAGCAGUUGGUGGGCCUUUGUUAUGAUGUCACUUUUAUAACCUUAUUAGUUGCUUGGGCAACUUAUUGUCACCGAGUCAAUGGAUUGAUACCUCUCACAACCGAGACACAUGACUAGAACUCAUCUGAAUAUCGAUUUACUCUCUCCUGUCAUAUCUACAGUAUUGCCUUUGCACCAGUAUACUGUAUUGUAUUUUCUUGAUGGUGAACUACCAUUUCAGAGUCCACUGCUUUUUUUCCAGUCAUUGAAGUGAGCUGUAUAGACAUCACCAGACUAGUACUCUGUUGGAAGUCAGGUGCCUUCCCACAGAAUUUUAGGGUAUUUGACUUGCAAUUUGAUUUGACUGUUGCCAUACAAUCCUCAGUAUUAGAAUAAUGAUAGGUGCAUUUUUAAUGUGUUGCAGAAGUGUUUACUUUUGCAUUAAAACAAGUUCAUUGCUUGAGUUUUCUUGCAGUUUAACUUAUAUUUAGAGAUUUGCAUAUCUCUUCUUUUUCCUGAGCUCAUGAUUUAGGAUUUUCUGUGAAGAAUAUGACUACAGUAUUUAUUUCAGAUGAAUUAAGCUAAGUAAGACUGGGUGGCCCCAGGUUGUGAGUAGGUGGUCCACACUCUUGGUAUCCCAUUUGGUUGAUAAUUAUUUGCUUCAUUGCACACAUUGUGUGCUAAAAGAUCAGUCUUUCAGAGAAAUUUUUUAUUGUUAUAGUACACAAUAAAGACAUCUUAGAGGUAACAAAAAUGUUAUUUUGAAAAUUCUUUAAUAGUUUCAGGAAAGUCAUAGCAAUUUUUGAAAGUGUGACCCAUUCAUUUGUAGGCAAAUUUGGUUGUGUCUGCACAACUUUUGAAAUACCUGCAGCAACUCUUCAGCCUGGAUGUCAUGGGUAGCCUCAGAAAUGUUAGCCUUCAGUUCUAUUGUUUGGGAAUUGUUUACAUUGACAAUGUUUUUGAGCUGUCCCCCACAGAUAAAAGUCUGAAGAGGCUGAGUUGGGAGAAUGAGGUAGUUAUGAACCACAAGUAAUGAUGUGGUCUUCAAACAUUGUAUUGGCGGCUCGUAUGUGUUGUGUACAGGCACACUCGUUGAACCCUCCAUCAUGGUUCGCUUCAGUAAGUUUAUUGAAAAAUUACUGGAGAAUCUCAUUAAUGUACUGUUUGAAGUUCACAGGAUUGUCAAAAAAUAUUAUCAGACAACAUGUCUUGUGGAAAGGGCAUACAUACAUCAAUUUUCUGAUCAUGCAAUAGUCCAUCUAAGAUUACAGUAUGUACUUGGAAAUUCUCCAUAACCUGUAUCCUCAUGUUCUGUCAGUGCAUGUAGUCAGACAUGUUGAACUGUACAUUUAUCUUGAUAAAGAAGGUUCAGUAUAAAACUUGAUCCCUUUUUAUACUGUGAAAUUUUGGAACAAGGAGUUCACCGGCUGAUCUUUGUCUCGGAGAAUAAGUUCAUGAACAACAUGCACACUGUGGGGAACAAACUUCAUUUACUUCUGUACAGCUCUGCAUGAAGGGGUUAGCGAGACAACUACUUUUUGCAACAAGCAUCUGAGCAGUUAUCUUGGGCACUUUGCGAGGAAAUGUUAAUAUCCUGCAGUACCACAUGUCACAGCGUUUGGCCGACGACUUUGAGACUUGUCAGCAUCGCUACAUAUUUCUCAAAACUUUUCAAUUACAGUAAUGUUUUUACAGUUUUGAUGAGGUCUCAGUUAGAAACUCAAAUAUGACUGAAAAAUAUAAACUGAUCUUUGGAUUAGUUCCAGUCAUGUGUUGCUUCUGGGAACCCUGGAGCUUCAACAUCUAAUACAGAUAAGGUUAUAAAAGGGAAUUUCAGUAUCAAUUGCUCAUUUAGUUUAUCAAGAGUAUAGUAGCUCAUGAAAAUUUUAUUUGAACACAACAGUGUCAUGGAUAGACUUUUAAACUAAUAUAUUUACACGAAAGUUCUUAUGGAUACCUGCAAAUCCUCAUAUAAUGUUAUAAAGUCUUAAUCAUGUUUUUAUAUAGAAUGAUCAGUUUCAUGAGGUAGAAAGUGAAAGGGGGAACAAAGAUUACUGUAUUCAUUACAUUUUGUAUAUUUGAUAGAAACUUUUGUUGAAUUUCUAGAGUACAUUUACGUUAAAUUAAGAAGACCUGCACAAGUGUGAAGGGGUCACCAAGUUUAAAAUGAAUGUCUGUGUUUUAUAUUGUUUUUAGACUAUUGUUAGAACUUAUUGUACAUUUCUUUUGUUAUGCAAAUCAAAUGUGACUACUCAUAAAACAUUGUGUAUACGUCCUCAUUCUAUCUUCGUCAUUCUCUCCAGAUGUCAAAUUAUAGUUUAACUCCUGAACUCAAAA